UAAUGAUUUCUGUAUUUAAAUAAAACAGGAGCAAGAGGAACUUAAGAGAAUGGCAGAAAAGAAAAAAACAGAUGAAGCCACUCCAGAUACUGUUGAAGAUGUACCUGAAGAACAGCAAGAAGAGGAAGACGAAAAGGGCAGUGAAGAAGACAAAAAAUCGAAACAUCCUAUACGAGACGAAGAAAAAGAUUCUGGAAGUGAAGAUGAAGAUGAAGACGAUGAAGGAGAGGAAUCUGCUAAUGUAGAGCAACCCCCUCCUGGUCAAAGUGGAGAAGGUGACAUACCAAGAAAGAGAAAACCUCGUAAAGAAUAAAGAAAAAA